AUUAAACAAGGACAAUAAAUUUUCGAUUUUGUAUAGUGUACAAUAUUUGCGCAUGCGCAAGCAUAUGUAUGUCAUUUCCGGCAAAGAUACAUUUCCUUUUCUUUCUAAACAUUCAAGAUGGUAAAUGUACCGAAGCAAAGACGCACUUUCUGUAAGAAGUGCAAAGUGCAUAAACCUCACAAAGUGACACAGUAUAAAAAAAGUAAAGAACGUCAUGCAUCACAAGGUAGAAGACGUUAUGAUCGUAAACAACAAGGUUUUGGUGGACAGACGAAACCUAUAUUCAGGAAGAAGGCAAAAACUACCAAAAAGAUUGUCUUAAGAAUGGAAUGUACAGAGUGCAAAUAUAGGAAACAAAUCCCUCUUAAAAGAUGUAAACAUUUUGAAUUAGGAGGUGAUAAGAAAAGAAAGGGACAAAUGAUUCAAUUCUAGGAUUAUGUAUGAAGUUAUGUAUGUUAACUUUCUAUGUGUAUUUAAUAAGAAAUGAAAUAAAUCUUCUGGAAUUUG